CGACCUAUACUUAGCUUGCUUGAGCACAAAUGUACAACAAAGGUCAUUCAUUCAUUCAUAAAAAAAGGAGGAAGAUGAUCGUAGUACUAAAAAUCUUCUAGAUCUCUGUCCGCUUAAAACAACUACAACUAUCUACGAACCCUAUACCACUGCAAUUUUAACCCGCAUGCGCAAACAAAUUGACCUUAUUUGGGACAUCUGCUUGCAACGUUACCGCAGUCAUCAGUUUUCUUGUCUUCCCAACAACCUGCCAAUUCACCUUGUCAGAAUGGCCAACAUGGGAAACUGGACCUACAGCAAGGCAUUUGUUCUCCUGUACUUUGCGGUCAUGUGGCCAAGCCCGAAUGUGUACGGAUUAUCCAAGCAGGAAGUGGCCCAUUUAAAAAGACGGAUCUUAGAAAUAAAGGCUAAGAUUGACCAGGCGAUACUGCGGGUUGUGCGCGCCCGGGAAUCCUUGUCACAAAGACUUGUCUUCAACCCGCAGCAUGGGUGUUCGGAUGGCUACUCGUACCUCGCACAUACGCGCCUGUGUUACCGUGCCUACAACAGACGGAAGAACUAUGAUCAGGCUUUGGCGAUCUGCCAAACUGACGGCGGCACUCUGGCUAUGCCUCGCGACAUCGCAACCAACGACUUUCUUAUCGAGUUGAAGAACGCCGCGAACAGGAAUGCGUUUUUCUUCUUUGGACUUGACCGUAGAAAUGGCUCGUGGAAUUACGUUGAUGGCGGAGGACUGCGGUACACCGACUGGGGUGAGAGAGAGCCAAAUAAUUAUGGUGGAAACGAGGAAUGCGCAGACUACUUCCCUGCAACAAAAAGUGUUGAAAUAUUACGAAAUAAAUGGAAUGACGAACGCUGUUCGAGAUUGGUUGGUUUCAUCUGUGAAGCUGUUGGCAAAUGUCCCGAACUGACAGCGCCUACAAACGGUGCCAUGAACGGUUCCAACUCCUACGGGGACGUGGUUACCUUCAUUUGCAACACAGGAUACAACCUGGUCGGUUCUUCUACACUUACCUGCCUGUCGAGUCUGGCCUGGAGUGGAAAUCCACCAACAUGUGCAAGGUGUUCGGAUGGCUACUCGUACCUCGCACAUACGCGCCUGUGUUACCGUGCCUACAACAGACGGAAAAACUAUGAUCAGGCUUUGGCGAUCUGCCAAACUGACGGCGGCACUCUGGCUAUGCCUCGCGACAUCGCAACCAACGACUUUCUUAUCGAGUUGAAGAACGCCGCGAACAGGAAUGCGUUUUUCUUCUUUGGACUUGACCGUAAGAAUGGCUCGUGGAAUUACGUUGAUGGCGGAGGACUGCGGUACACCGACUGGGGCGAGAGGGAGCCAAGUAAUCAUGGUGGAAACGAGGAAUGCGCAGACUACUUCCCUGCAACAAAAAAUGUUGAAAUAUUAAGAAACAAAUGGAACGACGAACGCUGUUCGAGAUUGGUUGGUUUCAUCUGUGAAGCUGGUAAGUUGAGGUCAUGAUUUUAGAGGGGCAAAUAAUGUAUUCUUUAGUUACCUUUAAAAACUCUUCAGUGACACUGUAAAAAAAAAGAGGGAGGGUCACAUAUCGCGUGUAUAUCGCGUCCGUAUUAAUUGCGGCUUUUAAUAUAUGUAUGUUUGAAUUUUCUGCAUUAAUAAUGUUUCUUCUUCUGCUGUAAAAUCUUCAAUGCGGUUCACAUCUGUUGUUUCUGGACCGAAAGACCUGAAAGUUGGCACAAGGGUACAAUGGGCCAAUACUCUCAAGCUUUUUAUUCAUACAUCAUUUUAUUGUUGUUGUUUUUGCCAUUUUAAACCCAAACUAAAUUUUGGCCCCCUUUACUCUGGUAUAACAAACGAUUGACCGGAAAUUCGGAACAGAGGUGCAUUUAAGAUAUGCUAAUAUGAGGCCAAUAACACUUGUGUCAUACAUGCUUAUUAAUGCAAUAAACAUCAUUGUGAUUGU